AGUGUCGGAGCAACUGCAAUGUACAGUUGUAGCGAAACGUUGAGGUUUUACACAACAGCUAUUUGAAAUUGGUGAAGAAAAGUGUGUUAUCUGGAAGAUAAUCCAUCUCUCGACGACUGGUGCGACCAGCGAAGCCAGAAACGAUGGUGCACCUCGAUCCGUUACGCUUUUGUCGCAAAAAGCGCAAAAUUCCUCAGGGCGGCGCAAUACUGGACCAAGUUAUAUCGCAGUCCGCUUCAGCCUCCAAUCAAUGUUUGCUGUACAAAAUGGCCAACUACAAGCGCGGUGGCGAUCUGAUCGAUGCGUUCCAGAUCGGUGGCCAGAAAGCGGUGGAACAGUUGAUCCGCGAACAGUUCGGGGUGUUCAUGUACAACAAGGGCCGCGGACAGAUCAUCAACCGGGCAGAAUAUCUACGCUGGAAGUAUAUGGAUAACCAUGAGGUCAUCAUACCGAUAGAGGCAUCACUAUCGCCACACGAUCCGCUUAGUAAGUGGGUCGACCAUAAAGCCUGCUGGCAGAUGCAGUACCGCGGACUGCUGGGCGAAAGCUUACUGCACGUGCUAAUUAUUUGCGACACAAAAAUUCACACCAAGUUGGCGCGAAUCUUGCUACGAGUCUUUCCCGAGCAGGCCAUCGAUGUGAUGGAAGGCGAAGAGUAUCUUGGCGCCAGUGCGCUGCAUCUAGCUAUUGCGUACAGCAACAACGAGCUGGUAGGAGAUCUUAUAGACGCAGGAGCGGACGUUUCGCAGCGUGCAACGGGUAGAUUCUUUCUGCCACGCGAUCAACAAGGACUACGCCCGGUGAAGACGACCGACUACGAAGGUUUAGCCUAUCUCGGAGAGUAUCCACUCGCUUGGGCGGCCUGCUGCGCGAACGAAUCCGUGUACAACCUCCUGUUAGAGUGUGGCGCCGACCCUAACGCACAGGAUAGCUUCGGUAACAUGAUCCUGCAUAUGGUGGUGGUGUGCGACAAGCUCGAUAUGUUCGGGUACGCACUACGCCAUCCAAAGUUACCGUGCAAAAAUGGUAUCGUGAAUGCAGCCGGACUAACACCACUGACCCUAGCCUGCCGGCUCGGUCGUGAUGAAGUGUUUCGCGAGAUGUUGGAACUGUCGGCGCGAGAGUUCUGGCGCUACAGUAACAUCACCUGCUCGGGCUACCCGCUGAACGCACUCGAUACGCUGAUGCCGGACGGUAGCACCAACUGGAACUCGGCCCUGUUCAUUAUCCUGAACGGUACGAAGGAGGAGCAUCUUAACAUGCUUGACGGCGGUAUCGUCGAGCGUCUGCUGGACGAAAAGUGGAAAACGUUCGCACGCAAUCAAUUCAUCAAGCGGCUGCUCAUCCUUGCCAUACAUCUGUUCUGCUUAUCCUGCUCGGUCUAUCUGCGACCCGUGCGCGUCUUUAGCGACGAUGAUGAUGAGGACGGUGCGGAAUCCCUCAAGGCAGGCGAUUUGUCGGUAAACGAUGGCUCGGAUACUGGAGAUUCAGCAACGGAUGCGUCAGAUGAUGAUGAGGUCAUCGAUUUGACUACUUGGGUCCGGUACGGAUUUGAAGUCGCCACCGUGAUGGGUGUGCUCAGCUACGUCGUGCUACAGCAGGGUGAUGAAAUUAAGAACCAGGGUCUGUUCUCCUUUCUGAAGUCAUUGAGCCAAGCACCGGCAAAAGCGAUUUUUCUUAUAUCCAACAUCCUGAUACUGGCCUGCAUUCCUUUGCGGAUGAUGGGCGACACGGAGACCGAGGAAGCCAUCCUGUUGUUUGCGGUGCCGGGUAGCUGGUUUCUGCUAAUGUUCUUUGCCGGAGCCAUUGGACUAACCGGUCCGUUCGUGACGAUGAUCUUCUCCAUGAUUACGGGCGACAUGUUUACGUUUGGCAUCAUCUACAUGAUCGUGCUGUUUGGUUUCUCGCAAGCCUUUUACUUCCUUUACAAAGGUCAUCCGAAUGCGGAAGAUAGUCCGUUCGGUAGUUACUUCGGCACCUGGAUGGCACUGUUUCAGACCACACUUGGUGACUAUGACUAUGCCGAUCUAAACCUAACCACGUACCCGAACCUCGCCAAGACGGUGUUCGUUAUCUUCAUGAUCUUCGUGCCGAUUCUGCUGCUUAACAUGUUGAUCGCUAUGAUGGGCAACACCUACGCGUACGUUAUCGAGCAGGCUGAGAAGGAGGGCAUGAAGCAGUGGGCCAAGAUCGUGGUGAAUCUCGAGCGUGCCGUAACGCAGGACGAUGCCAAACGCUACCUGGAGGAGUACUCGAUCGGGCUCGGACCGUCCGACGAUCCGCGGUACGAAACGCGCGGCGUGAUGGUGAUCAAGAGCAAAAGCAAGACACGCGCCCGACAGCGCAAGGGUGCGGUCAGCAACUGGAAGAGUGUGCUGCGGGUUACGCUGAACGAGCUGAAGAAGCGUGGCAUGACCGGGGAGGAACUACGCCGCAUUAUGUGGGGCCGUUCGUCCAUCACAUCACCAGCGAAGAUUGCGAAGAAAAAGCGACCGGGCGAGGUGGAUGAUUUGCUGGGCGAUCCGUUCGCAAUAACAGCCGCCAUUGACGUGAUGUCAUUCACGCAGGACAUCGUGAUGGUGAGCACGGACACGGUUUGUCCGAUAAUGCCGCCCGGAACGAUGACAGCGACGAAACCUUCGGUAACUACCGUGCCACCAGGUGCAACGGUUACACCGUCCAAUGUUAGACCGUUGGUACCUGGAGCAGUACAGCAACCACCACCACCACCACCACCAGCAACUCAAAGACAGCAACCAGCGAGACGUCACUCAACGGCAAGUGCACCGGCAACGAUCAGUCUUGGUGCGGAGGCGAAGCUGGAUUAUAAAGAUCCAUUACGCGAGCUAGUCAUUAUCUCGGAAUCUGCUUCCGUUGACGAGAACUAUGCACAAAACGUCAAAACUCUCGCCAUCGAUGCCUCAACGUUGGAUCACGUGCACGAGAUCGACAUCAGUGCAAUGCCACCACCCGGGCAAUCCUAUCGCCGUGAUCCCGGACCUCAACAACAGCAGCAGCAGCAACUCUCCUCACAACAACAAUCCGGUGUAGAAGCACACCAGCAGCAGCAGCAGCCGCCGCAACAACAGAAUCUGGGUCAGCUAACGCUCUUCCAGAAUCCCAAAGACGUCGUUGAUCCAGUGCGCGAACGAGAAUUUCUUAAAACUCUCGAAGCACUCGAAGACACCGACAGUGAAGCAGGCGAAAAGCCAGUCCUUGGCAAAAUAUCUCUUAUCCGGCGCGCGAAAUCGGCUGUCUCUCGUAGCACCUCGCGCAAACGCAAAACCGACCAGCACCCACUGUUCAUGAUCGCCUGGGAAGAUAAGGGCGAUAAGGGACAGUUCACCGGUGGUCGGUUAGGACAGCCGGAAGAUCUACUGUACGCACAACAUCCCAUAUCGGCAGCACACGGUGCGGCGGGUACUAUUGCGCCCGGCGAGGCACCGGAACAGGAUGCGGUCACGGUGGAGGAACUGCAUCGGCGCAUGGAGCAGUUUCAUCAGCGCAGCCGUGGUUCGUCCGUGCGCGAACGGGACGCAAACUCCAGUGAAAGCAGCAGCAAACAGCAUCCGAAAACCCGGAAACCAUCGCACCAGCGUGACCAUGGCCAUCAUGGUUUGGGUCGUGGUAAGCACAAUAAAAUAUCGCCUGACAACUCGAACGAGAGUACGGGCGGCGGUGGUGGCAGCAGCAGCAAUGGGAAGCAGGAUAAGCGCAUGAAGUCCGCUCCGAUCAUGGGCAGCAGUAGUGGUGGUGGUGGCAGUAGUGGGGGUGGUGUGGGACGUACAGCGGCCGGAACCAAGCCCGACGAUGGAACCGGAUCACCGCCCGAUCCGCUCGAACCGUGGAGCACUAAAAACAUCAUGAACAUAAACAAGCUAUUAGAUCAGGAUACGACCGAAGAGUAGUGUCUUAUAAUUUUAGCUCAAGCUUGUGCCUACCUGACUCCCUAGUAUGAAUUAGGAAGUUGCGUAUAAAUUCUUGUUGGAAGUCAUAAGACCUGUUUUGAGGCAUUACACACUCUCGAAGAUGUUGACUGUCGCAUCCUGACUAUGGUCAUGGAAACUUAAGAGACCUAACAAGUCAUAUAAUCUUGUUGUUUUGUAUAACAAUCAAGUUGCUUUUUUUACUGCAAACAACCUUAUUAUCCGGUCAUGCAGUAUAGUCAAUUGCACACGAUUGGACACAUUGGUUCUUACGGGGAUCAAACCUCUUCUAGAUCGAGUCCCCUCCACGGCUAUUGAACUAGCACACGUAGGCUAUAAUCCUCUCUCUUUCUCUGUCUCACUGUCUCUCUCUCUCUCUCUUUGGCCUAACAACCUUUUAAGAUCAUGCCUGCCAUUUCUGGCUUAUUUGACUUAAUGAUACCACGAAGUCGGAUAGUCAGUCCUCACUACGGGGGAACGGUCCGGAUGGGAUUUGAAACCCGGUCCUGCCCGGAUGAGGAUCGGUGCUGUUUUCGCAUCUACCACCGGACCGCUUAGUCUAUAAUCCUAGUCAAGUUUCAUUUUCACACACUCUGGAAACCUAAAAACGAAAUAAAGGAAUAAUAAAGUUUAACCAA